UUGAGGGAAGAUUAAAUAUCAUCAUACUUUGGACAGUAAUUCAAGUAUGUCUUGUCUCAAAAUCACUGGUUGGUUUGGUAUUGUUUGGAACUGUAGUCACUGGAUUUAUAUCAAAGAUGGAGAAUUUCGAGUGCAAUCCUAAAAAUACUCUCAUGGUUGCCCAGAAGCGUUUGGAGAUGUUUCGUAAACUUAAAACUGGUUUUGGACCAUAUUUGUUUGCUCUGUUUUCAGUUCAUACCCUGGCUCUGGUUGCUAUAGUAUUUUUGGCUGUUGACUUCUGGAAGGAAGGAGUUAAUACUCAGGUCUUAAUAUCGUUUGCACUCAUCAUCUUCUUUACUGGAUUGCCAUUGUUGUACACAGUCCUAUUGGCCAAAAGUGCACAUUCAAAAUUCCAGAAUAUCUUACCAAUUCUGAGGACUGCAUGCAGCAUGGAGACAACUGAAGUUAAGAUGGAUUACUUACUCCUCAUUCUGGAGAUUCAACAAGAGGAAACAUUUUCUGGGUGUGAAUUCUUUCUGAUUGAGAAGUCUACUUUGCUAUCUGUACUUGGUACUAUUGUGACAUACUCAGUAGUACUUAUUACAUCAGCAUAGAGUACACUCUUUGCUAUCUGUACUUGGUACUAUUGUGACAUAGUCAGAAGUAAUACUUUAAAAGAAUAUACAUUUAUGUGCAAAUUUAGCAUUAAAAAUAGCAAACAAAAACCGAAUUGAAGCUAGAAAUCAAUAAUAAAAGUUUUACAAUAUUUUUUUUAUCAAUUGUGAAUGUUUUGCAACCAAAUCUGGCCUGUUUAAAAUAUCUUAAAGUUUUAACCUAAUCAU